AUGCCCGCCUCAAAUUUCAGUCGGUCGACGAGGAGGUCAACCGCUGUUUCCCGAAAACAAUCAACAGCGACUCUGAAUUCUCGCGCCUCCGUCGCAUCACGCGUCUCAUUUGCCGUUGUCGAGUAUGUUGAUACUCCGGAUAAUGCACUACGGACGCAAAUAUGCGCGAUAUUUCGCGAUGCGCAGCGUACAACUGCAACACAUCGGAAACUUGCUGUGAACCUUCGCAAGAUUCAUGAAUCUUGCUGCUACGAACCAGCCAAGCCUUCAAAUGCGCCUUCAAAUGACUUUGACGAGGUGGCUUUCAACAAAGAAUUUGUUCGCUGUGUCUUGAGGAUUAUGCCAGUAAAGAAAUCCGAAAAUGUUGGAGAGAAGUGCGUCAGAUUUGUCGCUUUCUAUCUACGACAUUCCAACGAAAAAGACAACGAGAUCUUGGGUGACGUUGAAGGAGACACCAGUUUAAUGCCGGAAACGCCAAGUACAAGACUCACAUCAAAAGUUCUUGAAGAAGUCUUGCCAUUGAUGACAGCCAAGGAUAAAUUUGUCCGAUAUCGAUCAACACAACUCAUCUCACAAAUUAUCAACUCGUUAGAUGCUAUCGAUGACGACCUAUUCCAGAAGCUACGCCAUGGCUUACUCAAACGAAUCCGCGACAAAGAGGCCAUGGUGCGUUCCCAAGCCGUGCUUGGGCUAGGCCGUCUUGCUGGCAACCAAGCCGAAGGCUGCACCAACUCGGAAGACAGCGACAACGACCAGGGGACAGAUUUGCUGGGCAAGCUCCUCGAGGUCAUGCAAAACGACCCUAGCGCUGAUGUACGACGAUCCUUGCUUGUGAACCUUCCAAUUCUUCCCAAUACUCUUCCGUUUUUGCUUGAGAGGGCCCGAGAUCAAGAUGCUGCCACCAGAAGGGCAGUCUACUCCCGUCUUUUGCCAGCGCUAGGCGAUUUUCGACAUCUGUCGCUCUCCAUGAGGGAAAAACUCCUUCGAUGGGGUAUCCGGGAUCGAGAUGAUAACGUUCGUAAAGCCACCGGUCGGCUCUUCAGGGAACGAUGGAUCGGGGACUGCGCGGGCACUUCGCAACAAGAUGACGGCACUUCGGGAGAAGCCACUCCUGUUAGCUUUGAUGGUUUGUUAGAAUUGCUCGAGCGGAUUGAUGUGAUCAAUUCUGGGGUCGAGAAUGGUGUGGCCCUUGGGGCCAUGAAGGGAUUUUGGGAGGGUCGUCCAGACUAUCGAGAGGCAGUCACCUUUGGCGAUAACUUCUGGGAAACACUUUCGGCUGAGUCUGUUUUCAUGGCCAGGAGCUUUAAUGACUUCUGCCGUAGUGAGGGUGGUGGACGAUACGAGUCACUGGUCGAAGAGAAGCUGCCUGAAGUGACCAAACUCGCAUUCUACAUUGAACGGUACAUGCAGGUUCUCGUUGAAGCGCUUAAGAGGGCGAACCAGCCUGGUACAGAUGAAGAGGAGGAGGGGGAUACCGUCGAACAGGAGUUUAUCAUCGAGCAAAUGCUUCAUAUCGCCCUGACUCUCGAUUACUCAGAUGAAGUGGGCCGAAGAAAGAUGUUUACGCUGCUGCGACAGUCGUUAUCAAUUCCGGAGCUCCCAGAUGAAAUCACCAAGCUCACGGUUGAAGUGCUGCAUUAUAUCUGUGCUCCGGAUGCAGCUGGCGAGCGUGAGUUCUGCAGUAUUGUCCUCGAGUCUGUUGCAGAUGUUCACGACACUAUUGUCGAUGAUCCCCUUGCAGAUGAAGGCGACGACAGUUUCCACUCUGCAAGGUCAGAAGUGAGCCGUGGUAGCAGCACACCUACCCGUGAAAAGAAGAGAGGCAAUGAGUCCGAGUUAAGUGAAGAAGAGGCUCGAGAGAAGGCGGUUAGGGAGAUUGUCGUCAACAUGAAGUGCCUCCACAUCGUUCAGUGCAUGCUGACCCAUGUGGCCGGUAAUUUAAAGGACAACGCCGAUCUGGUCUCGAUGCUGAACAAUCUCGUGGUGCCGGCUGUGCGAAGUCAUGAAGCGCCUGUGCGAGAGAGAGGUUUGGUAUGCUUGGGCUUGUGCGCGCUGCUGGAUAGAUCCCUGGCUGAAGAGAACCUCGGAUUGUUCAUUCACUUCUUCAAUAAGGGGCAUCCAGCCUUGCAAAUCACGGCUUUGCACAUAUUGACAGACAUUUUGAACGUUCACGGUGCUCAGCUGCUAUCAUCCACCCACGGCCUAUUGAAGGUCUACGUCAAAGCCGUCAAAGGAGGCGCCAAGGCACCAGAAGUCCAAGCUGCGGCAACUGUGGCCGCGUCCAAGUUAUUGCUCGGUAGAGUUGUGAGCGAGCAAGAUGCCUGCGAGGAGCUUUUGAAGGCACUUGUUAUUGCGUACUUCGACCCCUCUUCUGCGACCAACCAGCCUGUCAGGCAGGCAUUGAACUAUUUCCUCCCGGUAUUCUGCUAUUCGCGUACUGCCAAUCAGGAUCUGAUGCAAGCAAUUUCGUUGCAGGCCUUACACUCUCUCCUGAACUUGCGUGAAGGCCUGGAGGAUGACGACGUUGAUAUAGGAGAAGACAUGGUUAGCAUGACCACUAUCGGUGCCUGUCUGGUAGACUGGACAGACCCAAGAAAAUGUUACACUCCUGGGGCCGCCCUGGAUGUGGAAAAGAAGACUGUCAACGGCGAUGUCCACCUCCGAAUGGGCCAGGCCAUCAUGGAAAAACUGCGAAGCAAUGUGAACAAAGAAGAAAAGAAGCUAGUAGCUGGCCUUCUAAGUAAACUGUAUAUCUCGCCAGGAUCGUCAGAGGCCCUGAUCCGAGAUUUAUAUGCCGAUGUAAGUGAUGCUGUUGAGGACGGGUUGCUUAGCGAUGCAGCAAGCCGUAACUCGUUGUACAAGAUCCACGUUGGCUUGGGCAAAAUUGUCAAUACACUUGACGAGCAGCAACCAUCGAACAGGCGUACGAGUCGCAGUGUGUCCGUGGCGGCCAUGGAUAGACAGCCAAUAGAAGACAGGACAAUUUUAGAGGAGCCCAAGAUAAAGGAGGAAGAGUUGGCUGAUUAUGAUGGUGCCGUCGUUGUGCUGAAGAAGGAUGACAAGGAAUCAGGGGCGGGUGACGCUUCAUUCCACGAGGAAUGCACCAAGACGGAGAGUGCUUGA